ACAUUUUACAUCCAACAGACAAGAAAGAAAAGAAGAAUCACAAAAAUAUAUUUUUUGCGGAUAUAAAUUGUUAAGUUAUUGAUGUAGUAUAGGAGAUAUGUUAUUGAAUAUUCAAAAGUUUCAGUUCUGUUAAUAAUGGAAGGAAUCUUAUGGAAAUGGACAAAUUUUUGGAAUGGUUGGCAAACCAGAUGGUUUAUAUUGGAAAAUGGCAUCCUUUCUUAUUAUAAAUCACAAGAAGAAGUAAAUCAAGGAUGCAAAGGUUCAGUGAAAGUAUCUGUUUGUCAGAUAAAUGUCAACAAUUUGGACAAUUUGAGGUUAGAUCUAGUUAUACCUGGGCAGCAACACAUGUACCUAAGAGCACCAUCACCUCCGGACCGUCAAAAGUGGCUUGUAGCAUUAGGCAGUGCCAAGGCUUGUGUUGAUUCUAAAGAAAUUAAAGUUGCCAUAUUAGAGGAUACAAACUCUUUAGGCCAUAAAAAGUCGGAAUUGCAGCUCUACUGCGACCUAAUGAUGCAACAAGUCCAUGAGAUAAAAAGUGCUGCUUCAGCUGAAGGUGGACCAGAAUUACAGAAGAUCGAAGAUGCAUCAAGUCUUCUGACCGCUACCUGUGAUACAUUUGUCAGGACUUUAGAAGACAUUAUGAAACUUGCGAACACCCCAUCAAGUGUACCAUAUGAAAUGCCUGUACCCAACUUAGUUAAUAAAUCCAAUGGCCCCAACAAAGUACCACGACAAAGUAUAAGCAGAUCUUUAUCUCAAGAAAAUAGAUGAAGUGUUGCUGAUUUGUAAUAAAACAUGUAAAAAUAAUAAUACACAAUACCUGACAGCUGAAGUGUCAAUAAUGAAUAUUUCCAAAUUGUCAGUCACUUAUGGGAGUCUUUAUUAUAUAAAGAUAAGUAUUUGACAUUAAAGGCUUAAUUUAUUUGAAAUGUUACUGCACCUAAAUACAUAUAUUAAGAUGUGAUAUAACUUUGGGUCUGGUAAAAGUUCCGUUUAAAUUUUUUUUAGUUCCAUGUUUAUAGGACAUCUAAUGUUAUGCGUUUAGGUUUAAAUAAGAUAAACAAUCUUGUCAUGUUUUUAUUGAAGUACAUAUGUUAUUGAAUGAAUAUAGUGUGUACCUAUUUCAUUAAUAAGACAUGUAAAGAUUGUUUACCUAUAAAACAAUGGAAAAGUAAAUAAUGAAAUGUUUUAAAGCAAUAGUUUGUACUCAGGGCAUAUGAAUAAAUGAUUGGUAGAGAAUUGAUUAUGUUCCAAUUUGAACUUACUACAACCAAUAUUUCUCGAUGUUGUUUUGUUACAUGUGGUGCUUAAACUUUUAAUUUAAAGAAAAUCUAUAUUGUUUUAAAAUAAAAAAAUGAUCUGAAAUAUUGUGAAUUUAAUAGAUACUUAGUAAAUGAAAGAUAUGCCUAAAACAGUAGAUUU